AUGUCUCCCUUUGCUUUUUUGUUGUUCUGUGUUCAAAAUGUGUACAGCCAAUGUCUCGGGGAUGGACUUGGCUUGGGCUACGCUCCAGGAUAUGCAGCUGAAUACGGCCCAGGUUGCGGAUACGCCUUAGGCAAUGACUUUGCUUACGGACCUGGACUUGGUCUCGGAUACGGUCUCGCUGGUCCCACGGGCUUAGCCACCUCAUCUUACUUGGCUGGUCCGCCCUAUGGAGGUUCAGGCAUCGGUGAUGUAGCUAUCGCUGGCGAGAUGGGCGUAGCUGGUGCUACCCUAUUAGCCGGUCAAAUGCCUAUUCUAGGCGCUGUUAGAUUCUGUGGUGAGGUUCCAGCUGGUGGUGUUGUUUCUAUCGCUGGAACUGUGGAGGUAGCUGCGGAGGUAGCUACGGGGGUAGCUGCGGUUGCGGUUGCAAUGGUGCUUACCUGUACUAAAACAGACUACGAAAAUUUAAUAACCUCAAAAUGUUAA